UGUCUGAAAACAUCAGUUUCUCCUGAAAAUUGUAAACAUGAAGACUUUCAUCGUUUUGGUUGUUCUGGCUUUGGCCGCCACCGCUUUCGGUCGCAACAUGGACCGUUGCUCCCUGGCCCGCGAUAUUUCCGACUUGGGUGUUCCUCGUGACCAGUUGGCUCGCUGGACAUGCAUUGCUGAGAACGUAAUCCUUGGCAAACAAGGCUCAUCUGCCAGGGAAGGCUGCGAUGGCUCUCUGCCUUCCAUCGACGACUGCUUCUAAACUGUUUCUCACUUCUCAUAAUAAAUGAAAAAUCAUAUCGCAGUCUUUUUAAAGUA